CGCGUCCCGGGCCGGGCUCCCCGCAGCUGGCGCGCCCGGCCGGCAGCGAGCCGCGGGCCCAUGGGGGCCGGGGGCGGCAGCUCCCGGAGCUGAGCGCCGCGGGCAGCUCCGACCAACAUGCUCUCCUACGAAGCAACGUUUUAAAAGCCAGGUUCCUAACUAGAAAGAUGCAAAACCGUAAUAUCCAUGAAGAUCCUAUUACCUAGGAAGAAUUUGACGUUUUGCUGCGAUUGCUGUGUUGGGAUUGAUUUAUUCUUGGAGUGUUCUGCACGGCUGGCAAAGAAUAAUGUUCCAAAAUCGGUCCAUCUCCCAAGGGGUCCAAUUUUUCUUCCUGGGUGUCAGCGAGCCCUGACUCACUACAGUGCAGCUGACAGGGGCUGCCAUGCUUGUGGCACACUAAGCAAAAAACAAAAGACCUAAGGACGACCUUUGAACAACACAAAGGAUGGGUUUCAAUGUAAUUAGGCUACUGAGCGGAUCAGCUGUAGCUCUGGUAAUAGCCCCUACUGUAUUACUGACAAUGCUUUCUUCUGCUGAACGAGGAUGCCCUAAGGGCUGUAGGUGUGAAGGCAAAAUGGUAUAUUGUGAAUCUCAGAAAUUGCAGGAGAUUCCCUCAAGUAUAUCUGCUGGUUGUUUAGGUUUGUCCCUUCGAUAUAACAGCCUCCAAAAACUAAAAUACAAUCAAUUUAAAGGUCUUAAUCAACUCACCUGGCUCUAUUUAGACCAUAACCACAUCAGCAAUAUUGACGAAAAUGCUUUCAGUGGAAUACGCAGACUAAAAGAGUUGAUCUUGAGUUCCAACAGAAUCUCCUAUUUUCUUAAUAAUACCUUCAGACCUGUGACAAAUCUCCGGAAUUUGGAUCUGUCAUACAAUCAGCUGCAGUCUCUGGGAUCUGAACAGUUCAGGGGCUUAAGGAAGCUGCUGAGUUUACAUUUGCGGUCCAAUUCCCUAAGAACCAUCCCUGUUCGAAUAUUUCAAGAUUGUAGGAACCUUGAACUGUUGGACCUGGGUUAUAAUCGCAUCCGGAGUUUAGCAAGGAAUGUCUUUGCAGGUAUGAUCAGACUGAAAGAGCUUCAUCUGGAGCACAAUCAAUUUUCUAAGCUCAACCUGGCACUUUUUCCAAGGCUAGUCAGCCUUCAAAACCUUUAUUUACAGUGGAAUAAAAUCAGUGUGAUAGGACAAACUAUGUCCUGGACCUGGAGCUCAUUACAAAGACUUGAUUUAUCUGGCAAUGAAAUAGAAGCUUUCAGUGGACCUAGUGUUUUUCAGUGUGUGCCCAAUUUACAGCGCCUCAACCUGGAUUCGAACAAGCUCACAUUUAUUGGUCAAGAAAUUUUGGAUUCUUGGAUAUCUCUCAAUGACAUCAGCCUUGCCGGGAAUAUAUGGGAAUGCAGCAGAAACAUUUGCUCACUGGUAAACUGGCUUAAAAGUUUUAAAGGGCUGAGGGAAAAUACAAUUAUUUGUGCCAGCCCCAAAGAGCUGCAAGGGGUGAAUGUUAUUGAUGCAGUGAAAAACUACAGCAUCUGUGGCAAGAGUACCACGGAAAGGUUUGAACUAGCACGAGCUCUCCCAAAGCCAACAUUUAAACCAAAACUCACCAGGCCUAAACACGACAGCAAGCCCCCUCUGCCCCCAACUAUGGGAGCCACCGAAGCCAGCUCCGAGCCCGAGCACGACACAGAACACAUCUCCUUCCAUAAAAUCAUAGCAGGCAGCGUGGCUCUCUUCCUGUCGGUGCUGGUGAUCCUGCUGGUGAUCUAUGUGUCAUGGAAGCGUUACCCUGCCAGCAUGAAGCAGCUGCAGCAGCGCUCUCUCAUGCGAAGGCACAGGAAAAAGAAAAGACAGUCGCUGAAGCAAAUGACUCCAAGCACACAGGAAUUUUAUGUAGAUUACAAACCUACCAACACUGAAACCAGUGAGAUGCUGCUGAAUGGAACAGGACCCUGCACGUAUAACAAAUCAGGCUCCAGGGAAUGCGAGAUCCCACUGUCCAUGAACGUGUCAACGUUUCUGGCCUACGACCAGCCCACGCUGAGCUACUGCGGGGUGCACCACGAGCUGCUGGCCCACAAGCCCUACGAGGCCAGCAGGCAGGAGGAGGCAGUGGACACAGGCCUGGAGGCCGAGCUGGACCUGAGCACAAUCACCACGGUGGCACGGAUCAAGGAGCACGGGCAGCAGCUGCCCUAGGGGCUGCAACCAAAUCCUAUGUAAAGCUAUGGACACCAGUGAGCAGACAGUUCUGUGGAGUGUAGGACCCCUGUGCAAAUUAAAAGUCAAUCACAAAGAUUAAUUGUUUCCAGUCUACAAUUUGUAAUUAGUUCAGUUGUGCAGUAUUUUUUUGACUUUAGAGUAUGACCCUUGAAAGUGAAUCUUUUUCAAAAUUCAUCCUACCUACCUGUAUAAACUGUACAGAUGUAAUGUAUUUUUCAUAUUGUAAAGUUUCAAUUACCAAGAACAACUGGUAUGUACAGUGCCAUAAUUUAAUUACAUCUUACUUUACAAGCUUCAGUUUCUAAAUCUUCGAAUUAACAAAAGUUAUUUCUUGUGUUAUUAAGUUACUCUGUUUUGUAGGGAUCAUUUUGUUACUGCUUUCGUGCCCAGACAACUUUAAUCUAAAAUUCUGUCCUUUGCAGAAUAUGCACCAUUUUUACUGUGUUUAAUGUGUAGAAUUUUAUCUACUGGUUCCAGAGGCAGGGUUUAACUAUACACACUUCUAAGAAAUUCUUGAAAUAUAUAGCCAAGUUUUCCUAGAAAUGAAAAUUAAAAAAAAAAAAUAAUAAUUCUCCUCAAACUUACCUGUUGCCUUGAAAUACAGCCUGAUUUUUAACAGCAAAGCUUGGUUAUGCAACUGUUAGUCAAGGCUGAUGAUAUUUUAUUAAGUCUCACCGUUCUGCAAGACAAUACAGGACAGGAGACUUCAAGAGGCAGCUACAAAAUCUGCUGUGAGAGUCUGCCAAAUCAGGCAUUUAUUUGUAUUUCUGCUUAAAGACAAAGGGGCCCAAAACCUACUUCUGUCACAGGCAGCUGCUGACAGAAGUGCCAACGGAAACAAAUCCUUACACUACUCCUAGAAUGUAAAAUGUCACUCAAAAGAAACAUCCACUUGCUGAAAAAUCUAGUAAUUCGGAACAAAUACUAAAAGUUUACAGUCCUUCAACAUUACGAUAAAUCAAACAAAGAAAAAAACCCAAAUCCUUUAAAGAAAAAGAAAUUAAUGUAGUAUUAAGUGUUCAACAAUUACUACAUUGCUUAUUUGUCUGUCAUUUAAUAUCUGGAUCGAAGCAUUCUUAUACCCCAUUCUUUUGUUUUAAAUCUUCAAGAUUUCUCAAUGCUGUAUGAGAGUAACUUUUUAUACCACUACACACUACCCUGUAAUCAUAAAAGAUUACAGAAAUUAGGAAGACAUUAUAUCAUGCUGACUGUGCAAAACAAAAUGGGAACACAAGCCUUCCAAAAUAUAGGAAAAAAAGUUUCAUAUGGUGAAGCAACUUUUUUAUAAUAAAGAGAAAUUAUAUAACCACAAAUCUAUUUUUCUGGAUCUUUAUCCUACCAUAUUUUCAUGUAGCUUCAAAGCAGAAGACUGAAUUUUAAAAUUAGAGGGCAACUUUUGUAUAAAACAAGGUGAAGAGAAUUAAAAUUAGCUUCAAAAAUUGGUAACAAAUCAAUCUGCAUUCAGUACCUGUUAAGUGGAAACAAAGUGUC